AUGAAGAUGAGUUGUAACGGGUGUCGCAUUCUUCGCAAAGGUUGCACUGAGGACUGUGUCAUUAGGCCAUGCCUCGAGUGGAUAAACUCUUCUGAGGCACAAGCCAAUGCCACCCUUUUCCUUUCUAAGUUCUAUGGUCGUGCAGGCUUGCUCAACCUCAUCAAUGCUGCCCCACAACACCAUCGCCCUGCUGUGUUCAAGUCACUACUGUACGAGGCUUGUGGGAGAAUCAUGAAUCCAACGUUUGGGUCAGUUGGGCUGUUUUGGAGUGGUGAGUGGGCCCAAUGCCAAGCUGCUGUUGAUGCUGUGUUAGCAGGGUCCCAGAUCAAGGUCAUGACCCCUUCCCAUUCACAAAUGGGAGAGACACGUGGCACUCAGAAUGCUUCCAAAGUCUUCGACAUACGCCACUUGUCAAAGGAUGCAGAGAUGGAGAAGGUGAGAGGCGAAGCCAAGAAGCAGAAGAGGACGGGGAAGGUGAUGAAGUCAAUGGCAGAUGAGGGUUUGGUCAACUCGGCUACAUUAUGGAACCCAAUUUUGAGGCAUGAGCCAAGAGGGUUAGAUGGUGGCAGUGAGGAGAUUGUGGAGGCUGUGUUGGUUAGCCAACCCAAGCCAACCACCAAUGCUGGAGCCAAUAUUGAUUUGGAGCUCACUCUUGGCUAG